AUUUCACUAAAGUACAUUAAUAUAUAAAAGAUUUUAUAUAUUCUUUCAUCGUAAGUAAACAACAAAACAUAGAACAAGAACACAUCAAAGAAAAAAAUGGGGUACAAGGUCGAAGCACGGAGCAUGGAGAUUUCCAUGGAAGAUGAAGAUUCUAGAAAGAAGAGAAAGAAGGGUCUAAAUCUUCCGAAGAAGAUGAAGAAGAUUCUAAGGAAUCUAUGGAAUGUGGGAAAGGAAGAUCCGAGGAGAGUGAUACAUGCUUUGAAAGUAGGAGUUGCCUUAACGCUUGUGUCUUUAUUGUAUCUCAUGGAACCUUUUUUCGAAGGUGUUGGAAAAAAUGCUCUUUGGGCAGUCAUGACCGUCGUUGUGGUUCUUGAGUUCUCUGCCGGUGCAACAUUACGCAAGGGAUUAAAUAGAGGAUUAGGGACACUAAUAGCAGGAUCUUUGGCAUUCUUUAUUGAGUGGGUUGCUAUUCAUUCCGGUAAAAUUCUCGGAGGUAUCUUCAUUGGCACUUCUGUUUUCACCAUCGGAUCGAUGAUAACAUACAUGAGAUUUAUUCCGUACAUAAAGAAAAACUACGAUUACGGCAUGCUUGUAUUUCUUUUGACGUUUAAUCUAAUCACAGUAUCAAGUUAUAGAGUGGAUACUGUGAUUAAGAUCGCGCAUGAGAGAUUAUAUACCAUUGGUAUGGGUAUUGGCAUUUGCCUCUUCAUGAGCCUUCUGUUUUUCCCGAUCUGGUCUGGUGAUGACCUUCACAAAUCAACUAUUACUAAGCUCCAAGGCCUCUCUCGAUGUAUUGAAGCAUGUGUGAGUGAGUAUUUUGAGGAGAAGCUGAAAGACAACGAAACAUCAGAUUCUGAAUCUGAUGAUGAAGACCUAAUCUACAACGGGUAUAAUACUGUUUUGGAUUCUAAAUCCGCCGACGAAGCGCUCGCAAUGUAUGCAAAGUGGGAGCCAAGACACACAAGGCGUUGCAACAAAUUUCCAUCCCAACAAUAUAUCAAAGUUGGAUCCGUUCUUCGCAAGUUUGGUUACACUGUUGUUGCUCUUCACGGUUGCUUACAAACCGAGAUUCAGACUCCAAGGUCUAUCCGUGUCCUCUUCAAAGAUCCUUGUGUUAGACUAGCCGGAGAAAUCUGCAAAGUUUUAUCAGAACUCUCCGAAAGCAUUCAAAACCGACGUCAUUGCUCGUCGGAGAUUCUCUCCGACAGUCUCGAAGCGGCAUUAAAAGAUCUCAACUCCACAAUCAAGUCACAACCUAAGCUCUUCUUAGGCUCUAACCUUCAUAGUAACAUCACUAACAAGCACCUAAACGGCCACGUUUCAUAUUACAACGAAACUAACUCAAACGGCACCGUUUCAUAUCACAACGAUAAUAACACAAACGGCUGCGUUUUGGGAGAAACUAUAGAAGAGAACGACACCGUAUCACCACUUCCGUUAAACAGCGUUGUUUCACUCUCUAGCUUAAGAUCGGUGAAGAAAUCGGCGGCGACCGGAGAGAAGAGGAGAUUGAGGAAACAAUUGAGCAAAAUCGCGGUUAUGAAAAGUUUGGAGUUUUCGGAAGCGUUACCAUUUGCUGCGUUUGCGUCACUUCUUGUGGAAAUGGUUGCGAGGCUUGAUACUGUGAUUGAUGAGGUUGAGGAAUUGGGAACAAUCGCCUGCUUUAAGGAGUACGAUAAGACUGUGGAGGUGCGAAUUGAGAACCGGUUAAUCUAGUGGUUGUGUAGAUUGAAUGUAUCGUUACGAUACGGCUUAUUUUGGUUUUGUCUCGGUUUUCUACUACGUGAUUUCGAUUCUCUGUUGCGACCGAUUUUGUUAUGUUUUUAAUUUCUGGAAUUUUGUAACACGAGGUGUUAAUUUGAAGAGUUACGUUGGUAAAAAAAAAGAUUACUUUUUGAUUUGUGUUGGUUACUUGGUAAAUUUUGG